UAAUUCAACUUCCUGUAGGGUGUGGACAAUUUAUUUAAAAUAACUGCGGAGCUAAUUCUGAAAUUUGCAACAUUCAUGAGCAUGUCUGCAUAGGGAACCGUCAAAUCAUCAUAUUCACACAUACAGAAAAGCACUUGUACAUCCCAAUGCGAAUUACAGGCAGGCCAUGAUCAGAUACAGCACUUUUCAUGAGAAGAAUUAUUCAUGAAUCAUGAGUAAGCAAGAUUUACAUUAGAGGGUGGAAAUGACCGUUCUGUUUGCUUAAACUUACACCUGCAGCUCAAACAGGAUGUUAUCCCGGGCCUGUUUGCGUGCUCUGGUACCUGCUUCGGCAUUUGAUCACAUGAAAUCCUGCAGUGUAACAGUCAUUGACGCGGAUAUGACAACCGCAGCCAAAUAACGCAACAAUAUGAGUCUGUGUUUUCAUUUUAAUUAGAUAGUUGUUUCGUUUAAUCCACAUCUUCUCGUAGUUGAUGGUUUUUGAAGACGAAUGAAUGGGAGAUUUGAAUUUUUGUUUACAUGUCAUUGUUUCUAUGCUUUUAACUGGCUGUCUGAGCCGAUCCAGCACAGGUAAUGUGGCUUUCCUCGACGCACCUGACGCGCCAGUCUCCAAUUGUCCUUUACGCGUUGAGUACACCUGUUAUGAGUCGUCCGAAGUACACGUUCAGGUUCUGGUUUCUUUUGAUACUGGAUCUACCUCAGCUGUUUUUCACAAAUACUGGACCUGCGAGCCCGGACGUGUCAGAACCCGAGUGGUGAUCGUGAGUUUUCCUGACUGGCUUGUGUACCGACCCGAUUGGAUAAUACGCAGUUCUGACUGGGUUCUCAGCUGUUUAUUGCGUGGCUGGAUCGGCCCUGAUGAAUCCAUCGGACCGGGCAGGUUUUCUCGAGCCAGUGUCACGGUUCCCCUCGAUAUUCACUCACCACUGAGUCGACCCUUCAAACAACACCUGCUUUGUGCCAACUGGGACACAGAUCUGCUCUGGAGAGUCAGGAGAGAUGGCAUGCAACAGUGCGCAGAAGAAAAUGAGGUGACAUCUUUUCUUUCCACAUUGUAUGCCUCUACUGGUGAACGUUAUGGUAUCAUUAAAACCCUCGAGCCAUUCAGAAAUGAAGUUUUGGAAGGGCUGAGAAUCAAAUCCAUCUAUUACCCCUGGUGUGCUGUUUCUUUCUGGGUUUUGUUGACAAAACCUUGCCGUAACCGUUUAUGUGGACUGCUGCACCACAUUGAUGUGAAAAAUAAUUAUGCCACCCCUACCUUGUUCCUCACUGACAUUGGUAAGAUUCACAUCCAGGUGCAUGGAGAAGCCGGGCACUCAUCAGCGUUUCUUUCAUCGUUUAAGGUUCCUCUUCAUCAGUGGUGUCGCAUCAACCUGGAGAUUCUGGGACGAAUGGCAAAAGUUUCUAUUGCAUGUACUGACGGACAGCAGCAAUUUGUUAUGAAAGCUGAUGAGCACAUAUUUGGCAUAAACGUCAUGUUGGAUGACACGCAUGGCUAUUUUGUGCUUGGUGGAGGUAAAUUCAUACAGGGGAUUGAAGGAUAUUAUGGACCGACUGCAUUCUAUCGCACACAGGGGCUCCCAGCUGACCCGGAUGAGAUUCACCUUCCUCAUGUAUUAUCAAAGGUGAAUAUAACUGGAUGGUUCCAGUCUUGUCAAAAUUUCAAAUCCGAGCUUUUCCUGUCUGUGCCAAGUCACUCUCUCACUUUAAAGAGACUAUCAGACAGCUGUUUGGACACAUACACAGAGCUGCUGCUGCUGAAUCACAGUACAGUGAACUCAACAGAGCAAUGUAUGUUCUUUGAAUCGCAGACGAAUCCUUACAGACGCCAAGUUGCACAGUUGACCAAACUACUGUCACAGAAAUAUGGCGGGGUGAAUGCUACAGCAGUGGGCAGGAUGCUAUAUGCUCUAGUCCUCCGUAAGAUCAGUACAGCUCACAGUGUGAAGGUUAUAACCAGGAUGAUGCCUUUCCUGCUGCAUUCUGGCUGCUUAGGAGACUAUAGAGCACUACAUCUGUCCUCUGUGCUCUACAGCAGUGGAAUUGGAGUCGAGAGACAGCCGUACAAGGCUUGGCUGUUGUCCCUGUUGGCAGCUCAGAAGGACUGGAGAUUGGCGCUCCUGCGUUUAGGGCACAUGCACCAUGUUGGUGACCUGGAGGUGACCCCUGACCGUGACCUUUCCUAUGCUUAUUACAUUAAUAUUGCGAGACAAACCAGCAUGGAUCAGAAGAAACCCACCCCACAGCAAACGUUUGUUGAGUUAAUACGUUUAAAUGAUGAAGAGACCCUGAGGGCCCAAACCAAUGAAAACGAUGAUCUAUUUCACUGGCUAAAGCUGCAGGCACGAAGUGGAGUGGCUGAAGCUGAGCAAGCAAUGGGUCGUAUGUUGUUCUGGGGUCAGCAAGGUGUGUCUCCAGACAUCCAGACAGCAGUGAAGCACUAUGAAAGAGGAGCCAUCAAACUCAAUGACCCUGUGUCCAUGUACGACUACGCCAUUGUGCUCCUUACGGGUCAAGGAGUUCCAAAAGAUGUUCAGAAAGGCGUUACAUUCCUGAAGAAAGCAAUAGAGCAGGGGUCUGUUCCUGCUCUCACAGCUCUGAUAUAUUUCUCAUGGCUGAAGGAUUACGAGAAGGCGGUACAUCUGUGGGAAGAAGCUGAUGCCAAAGGUCAUCCCGAUGCUGCCAUGAAUUUGGGAGUUUUCCAUUCCCAGGGUCUUUAUCCUGGAGAACCUGCCGACCAGUUUAAGGCAUAUAAGUACUACUUAAAGUCAGCCCAGAGAGGACUCUUAAACGGUGGCAUUGAAUUGGCAGAUAUUUGGAUUCAUGGGUUACCCGGCCAAGUUGCUCGACGCCCAGCGGACGCUGUUCUUUGGGUUAAAUGGGCAUCUGAACAGAAUGGAUAUCUGGGAACAGUCUUGAGGAACGGGCUGAAUGCCUAUUUCAAAGGAGACUGGAUCAUGUCUUUGAUUUAUUAUCUCAGUGCGGCAGAGAGUGGAUUUGAGGCUGCUCAGUUUAAUGUGGCGUACCUUUGUGAACUCAACUCAGGCUCUUUGGAUCCAGCACUGGUGACUCACUGCAUGUUAAGAUAUUAUAAUAUGUCAGUACAGGCUCAAGUUCCAGAUCCUUAUGCUUUGAUCAGAAUGGGAGAUCUGUUGUAUGGUGAACAGGCUUUGGGCAGAAAAGAGGUUUCUGAUGCUGCAGAGAUGUACAAGCAAGCAGCUCUCAAAAACGAACCACAGGGUUGGUAUAAUCUUGGCCUGCUUGUCCAAAACGGAGAGUCACUGCCGUUCAGUGUUCUUUCUGAGCUUAACUUGCUACACCUUCACUUAACAGACAGACAGAAGCUUCUCAUCAGUCUUUUCCGUAGAUGCAGAGAGACCAAUAUCACCGAUGCAUACCUGCCAUGCACACUGGCACUGUUCAGCGCACACCUACGAUCUUUCCAAGUACAUCAGGAUACUACUAUAAAGCUCAUUGCCACAGUUUCAGCAGCAGCAAUAGGAACUCUGUCUUUUGCAUUCGGACUCUUUAAAUGGAGGACAACACCACUCCACCAAACAUCCCAAACAUCUGCUUCCAGCCAAACCCAGGGGGAGGAAGAGGAGGAAUCCUAACGGAAACUACUAGAUAACAUUUUAUUAUUCUUCCAUUAUUCUCAGUGGAUUUCCUCCAUACAAAGCACUUGUUAACCUUUGCUUUUUAAUAGGAAUAACUGGUAACACUUCAAGUAAAGACUUUAUAUAUAAUGCAUUAAAAUAAUUUUAAUGCAUUAAUUAUGCCUUGUAUUUCAUUGUAUGGUCUUACACAGUUAUAAUAUUUAUCUAUUCACUUUUACACCUUUAGAAAGUAUUAUGCAUUAAAACAUGACAACCAAUUUCAGAUGUAACAAGAAAUCUGCAAAUAUUAUAAUGCAUUUUAACUUUGGUUACAAUUAUUUAUAAAAAGAUACAUUAUGAGUGCCUUUAUAAUGCAUUAUAC